AUGUGCGUUUUCAAUAAACCAAAUCGAGAUUUAACUAAAGAUAGUGUUGUAAAUACCACAACUACUGCAUUCACUACUGCAUUCACUGAUACGUUAUUCAGUCUUUUGGUACUUUUAACCACAACUAAUCAUCCUGAUAUUUUAAUUCCACCAUAUAAUGGGAAUAGAGGAACUGCAAUUUUCUCAAUUGUUUAUCUUGGUGUUGGAUUGUAUGUACUUUUGAAUAUUCUCACAGCUGCUGUUUAUAGCCAGUUCAGUGGUUAUUUAAUGGUAAGUAAAUCAAAUAUAAAUUAUAGAAUAUUAAUCGUUGAAUAUUAUUUUAUACAUGGCAUGGAGCUAGUAUCAAGUGAUGAUAUAGUUGGACUAAUUAAAACUGUCCACAUAGAUACCUGGAAGAAAGAUACACUACGUCAAGUAAGCAUGAGACAUGCACAUGGAAAUAUUAAUGCAAAACAAUUUAUGCAGUUAUUUCAAAUUUUGGAUUUAUCUGGUUCAUCAAAUCAGAUUAUGGCCCAUUCAUUAGAACUGGGAUUCUGUACAACACCUACAAGUGCACGUGCUUUAUGGCUAAUGCCGCUUACAAAACAUCAUAGUUUUAGUUUUGUAAUAUUACCAACCAAUAAAUUAGUGAUUAUCAAUGUCUGUUAA